AUGGAAUGUGGUGCGUGUAAACACAUUAUCGAAGAUGGCGGCCUCAUUAAAUGCGCUGGUUGUGACAAUACGUUUCAUUACGAUUGUUGCAACAUAGAGAAACAAGUGUAUUUUGACGAAUACGUGGAAAAAAAGCAGAAGUGGUAUUGCCCAUCCUGUACUAAUAUAACUCGGCGCAGAAAUGAUAGUACACCAGUUGGUAAGCGCGACAUACGUUCCCUCCAAGCAAGUCAGGCAGAUAUUUCUAAUAUGUCCUGUGAUGAAAAGCUGCAACGAUCAUCACGCUUGAAAAAAUCUAGUAACAGUGCAUCUCAACACGCGUUGCGACAAAAAAACUCGGACUCCGUUACCAUAGAACAAAUCGAACCUCUACUCGAUCGUAAACUAAGUACUUUCAAGAUAGAUGUAGUGCAAGAAGUACAUGCAAUGGUGACGAAAGAAUUUAACCAUACCAUCAAUAAGUUAGAAUCGGAUUUCACAGUAGCCACCGAUUUUCUUCAGAAAGGGCAGGAUGACCUUCUAAAGGAACUUGAUGUGGCUAAUAAUAAAAUUAAAACCCUAGAACUUGAGCGAACUACACUUAAGUCAAAUAUUGAGUCAUUAGAUCGUCGUUUAAUGAGCGUCGAAAAAAUCUCACGAAGCCAUAACGUUGAAAUCCAAAUGGUUCCGGAAAAAGUCAUGAAAAUUUACUACAUCUUAUACAAAAACAUUAUGACACCGUGA